AUGCAACAUAUUGCAGACUGUUGUAAUUUUUGGCUUUCUAUUCCACUGACAACUGGUAUUCACUUUGGAGGUAAUGUGGAGGCUUUAGAAACGCUUCGAAAGGAUGUUUGGACACUGGUAAACAAAUACACCAGUUUACCUGAAGAGCAACGUGAUGUGGGUAAACUGGUACAUUUAUGGAUUAUUAUUGACAUUGUAAAUGCAAAGAUUCGCACAAUUCACGGCUGUUUGCUAACAAACAAUAAACUAUUAUGGUUUGGAAUGGAACACAUUCAGUUUAAUGCUGCUAAAAUGCUUGUGUGGCAGAAAAAGAGGAAGAUGUUUGACACAUCAAAUAGUGGUGUAUCCGAAUUAAGAAGUAUUGACCAGAGAAGCAAGUUGAAGGAAUUAAUUGUGGAAUUAAACAGGGAUGCCAUGUGCAUGUUGUACACCUUGACUGCUGCUUCCAUUGGCAAUGCCUUGCAGAAAGGUCCAUCUCAUGGUAACAAGUUCCUUGAUGCUAACACCUCAGUCAAAUUACCAAAUGGUGACUUAACGGAGCAGCAAAUACCUAAGAGUUUGGAGGGUGACCUCGAUCAGACAUCCAAACCUUUUACUUCUGUUGGGAUAAUACUAGAGCGCUCUCGGGCUGCACGUCAGGAAGAAUUGGAGCAGCUCCUGCAAAUAUGUGAGAGGCAGUCGGAGUCAUUGAAGAGAUGCUUUCAGGUUCUACAGCAUGUUGAUGUUGAGAAGGUUUUGGUGACAGAAGCUAUCAUUUUAGACCUGUGUGCCUCCCACAACGCAAGCCCUGUCCUCUUAAAUCUUGAAGCUGUUGAGAUCUACAUUGAGCUGAUUAUGAUGUACGAGACAAUUCACUACCUGAGAAAUUUGAUUGCGCAGCAGUUGAACCAUCCAACAUACAGGGGGAUGCUGUGGUUUGACUCGACCCUCUUUCCUGAAUUGCUUCAAAGCCAGCAAGAUAUCUCCAUUUUUUCACUCUUCCGUAAGAAAUGCUUGAACAAUUCUUGCGCAAUGUUGGAGCAUGCAAUCUCUACACUGCAACAAAAACUGGAUUUAAUCCUUGAGUAUAGGCAAAGCGCAAACUACACAUAUGCAGUCCAGCUUCUAUUAAGAGAAUGCUCAGAGCUAAUUGCAAUAAGGACAUACAUGAAAAGGCACAAACUUUGUGUAAAGAUGUACGUGAAUGCUCCACCUUAUGCAGCCUCAAUAAACUACGGCUGCACUGAAUCCGAACUAACUCACAACUAUAGACAGUUUGGAAUGGUUCUAGAGAAGCUGGUCAAGGCUCCCGAGAAAGAUUUGGGGAAAAUGGCACACGUUAUAGAGGUGAUGAAAAGCAUUAUGAAUAUGAAACAGGUGCUGCUGAAGAUAGUGCCUCAGUCAUUCAUCUUCUCACAUACCAAUUGCAACAGAACAGUAAGAAAAGGCAGCUGUUGGCAAAUGCUGAGAAUUUGCAGGGUUGUUUACUUAAAGUUGAAAAUGACAUUGAUUGUGGUAGGAAGGAGCAUCUAAGUUUGCCUUCAGACAUGACGCACGUCUCUCGAACUUCCAAGGGACCAGAUUUACAAUUGUGUGUCACAAGGAAAAGACAGUUUUGUGAAGUUCCACCUGGAUUUCAUCAAAGAAAACAUGAAGUUGAUGUCCCACCCAUGCCCAAAAGGAGAAUGUGCAAAGACCUCCCUUUGCAGGAUGAGGAGAUCAAAGUUGGAGACAACAUAGAAAUAAAAUUGUCAUCCAAAAAUAUACAAAACCGUAAAGAGUUACAAUCAACAUCCCAAAGUAUGGAGCCAAUGGCUUUAACAACUCCUAAAUCCUGUGUAAAUACCAGAUACUUGACGCAUAAAAUAUCAAGAUUUUCUUCCAGUGAAGUCCAGAGAAACAGCGACAUUCCUUUGACUCCACAAAUUCCUGCUCUUCCGAAAUAUACUUCAGAAGAAUCUACAGUUUCACCUUUAAUUUCUGACUCUCCAAAAAUUGCUUGUGCUAAUAUGCGAACACACUCUUGUUCAGGAUCUCAAUUGACUCAUUUUCUUACUGUAACUCACAAUUGCCAAAGUAAACAGAUCAUUUACCCCAUAAAACACAAGUCGCCAUCACUACGAUCAUGUAAUCCCUCUCAAAGCGUUUUAUAUGAGGAGACUGCUUUUGACUCUUUUGAAAGUAAAGGCCAAACCAUUGAUACCUAUGGCAGAAUUAGAAAACAGCAACUUGAGUUACCUCAGGGUGCAGAAAAUAAUCUGACUGAGCAGAAGAUGAAGAGAAACAACAGCAGUUGUAGGCAACAUCAAAAAAUCCAUAAUCCAUGUGAAAUUCUUAGUUCACAUCUGAUUGAUACACCAAUAAAAAGUAAUAUUUUUCCUGUACAGCCUAGUUUAAGUUCCCAGGCACACACAUCAUUUGACAGUCCUCUUUGUGAACAAUUUGAUGUAAGUAUUCACAGUUCUACUGUCAGAAGUGCAGAUAAUCCACAAAAUCUGCAUUUGCAACCAACAAUACAUGAAAGUUCAAUCUUUCCAAUACUGCACUCUGGCACCUCUUCCCCAGACGGUAUCAUUUCAUCUGAAAUAACAAGUAUAGGUUCUGCUCCGACUGCUUCCUCCACAAGUAAAGAACAUGAAUGUGCUGAUGUAUCAAAGAAUCCACUGUUGCAGUCUAAAACUCAAGUUACAAGAGAUUCUUCCAAAAUUGCAUCAAAUAUUGAACAACUUAGUUCUGUAUCGUUACAAACUACGAACAAACCCGCUAUCACUGAUGGAAUGAUGCGGCCACAUUCUCCAAUCCAGAUACGCAUUCCUGUACAAUUUAUUGGAUUUGGAACCAACUCACAUUUGACGAGUCAUUCCCUUAUCAAACCUUCGUUCCGGACACAGAAAAAAAGCAGAUGGGAUUGCUGCCAAUAAACUGAAGCAUUUUCCUGAAGAAAAUUAGAUUUUUACCAACACGGUGUGAACACUAUUUUGUACACAUUUUAUUUUUCAGCAAAAAAGUGUUAAGUUUUGUAUGGAAACCUUAUUUAUAGGAAUUUUUUGACCGCUUGCAGUAAAUG